AUUUUGUAUCAUUCUUACAGACACCGCUUUCUCCCGCGGCAGCUACAAACAUUAUAAACUGAUUAUUUUCGUUGUAUCUGGUGUUAUUUGAUGUCGUCUUAGCUUAAAUUUAUCUUGAAAGGUUGUCCAAAUGAAUGGCAGGCAAGUCUUUGUUGCACCAGUUUGGCUGGCGUUGUGGUGAAUAUCGAGUAGAGAAAGUUGCAGCUAAUUUUGCUGCUAAGUCUACAGUUAUGGAAGGCAGUUUUAGAAAACAAGGAAGUUCAGAUACUGAACCACCACCAAAGAAGAGGAGAACUGAGGAUGAUGGUGAGGGGGAGGAGCUGUGGGAUGACAGUAUGGAAUUCACUCAGGCUGACCUUGAUGACAUUGAGAUGCAAGCUUCGCAGGCCAUUACACAUCCAAAACCAGAAGCCAAAGCUUCAGCAUCAGAUCAAGUUGGAAGUGCACAAUCUGCAAGUGCACCAUACCAGACCCAGGGAACUUUCCUCAAACCUCAGCUGUCUCGUUCAACCUCGUCUUCAGCAGCAUCCAGUAUGAACGGUGGAAAUCGCUCAGUUCACAGUGGCUCAGGACAUUCUCUACAUAACAGCUCACACGGAUCAUCACGGAGCAAUAGCCUUUCCCACUCAAGUCACUCCUCCUACCCAGGAUCACUGAGUGGAUACUCCAGUACUAGCUCAUCUAGUGUGAAAUCAGGAUCUUCAAUAGAAAAUAUUCGUGGCCACCUGUCUGGACCAUUGUCUCGUCUUAGUUCUAGUUCCCUGGACAUAUCUGGAAGCAUGCUGAGUGGGAACCAGACCAGUGUAUCGGAAAUUAAUAGGAUGAAACAAGAAUGUUCUGCACUCAAACUUCAGGUAGAUAAAAUGAAAGAGGAAGUAUGCAUUAAGGAAGGAGAGAACAAAUUAUUGAGAGAUAAUCUGACAAAGAAGGAUGCUGAGCUAGACACUAUCAAGACAGAAAAAAUCAGCCAGAUACAUCAACAAAAUCUUCAACAGACAGAGAAAGAAAAGACACUACAGACGGAGGUAACGCGGUUACAGACCCAACUUCAGUUCAAGGAACAGGAAGAAAGGGAACUCACAGACAGGGUUAGGGAGCUGGAGUCCCAACUAAGAAGGCUUCAAGCAGCAGAGCCCACCAGCUCACAGGGAUUUCCACAGUCACAGAGUGUAAGUCCAAAACCACGUAAAGUUUUUGUUGAAGAGAGGUCCCCAAAAGGUUAUUCUGGAUUCCCUUCCAAGAAAACGUUCAUGGCUGAAGAAGUAUCUCCAUGUAAAAAGGUCAAGGUCAGCCAGUCUGAAGAAGUCAAGGUCAGUCAGUCUGGGGAUAACCAGGAAAUUGUGCAAACUGCCAAGUCAUCAAGAGCUGCAGUAAACAAUAAGGGACACAGGAAAAUAUCUGGCAUAUCUCUGUGUGUUGGUGGAAGUAGAUCCUCUGGUUCCCAGCUUGUUGGAAGGUUACUUAACGUAACUCCAAGCACAACAGCAAGUAUAAGUGACCGAGGCAUUGUGGGCCUGUUAAACACCCCAUCAACAAGUGCCACCUUGUAUAAUGUCCAGUUUGACAGAGAUAAGGAUACAAGUUUACUUUCACCAGUUAGGGGAAGAAGGUUGUCAGACUUACAAAGCUUAGUUACUCAAUUAGACAAACCAGACAUGGUUAGCCUGGUUCCUGUCGAUCAUUUUAGUAUGGCUGUUCAGGGGUUAUCAGACCUUCUUAAACCUUGGAACCAGUCAAAUGAUAACACCAAAUCUGAUUGGUCCAUUCAAAAUCAGAUGAAACCAUGUGACAGUGGAGAUAGUCUUUCAAACUCAACAGUAACAGCACAAACUGAUUUAGAAGAUGCAAUUUUGAUAUUACCAUUAAUUAGUGAUUACUUAAAACAUUAUACUGAAAUGCUAGAAUCAGCAUUUGAAAAUUCGACAGCCUCAUCAGGUACAAAUUCAUCAAGUUCUCCAGAUAGUUUUGACACAUCGUCAGAAUCUCCAACAGGGUCAUUGGGCCUGUUUCUAAAAAGCACAGCAAAUUAUGCUAAUGACUUGGAAGGUUUGACUAUAGCCUCACUCAACACGUUGCAUAUACUGCUGUCUUGUGUAGGAGUGAGACGUAUUUUAUUGGAUUCAGAAUUCAGGCAUAUGCCAAUGGCUAUAGAUGGUGCUGAGAAUGGGUCUUCCGAAAGUGAGACAGAAUUGCCUAUCAGAGAUUCCUCGUCCAAGUUCACACAUAUUCCUCGAAAAUACAUUGUCAGGUUAAAUAUAUUACAAAAAGUGCUCAAGUUGUCAAACCCUGGGUCAAAGGGCAGACUGCACAAUUCAAGAAUUGUUACAACAUGUUUAAGCAUUUUGACAGUACUUGCUACUUAUGCUAGUGAUCAACAAAUGUCAUGUUUGUUACCCGUGUUAUCGGAGGAGAGUUUGCAGAAUUGUAUGGAGACAGAAGCUGACCCUAACAUUGUUAUACAUGCACUGCAGCUGUUUAAAGCUUUACUCAGAAACAACCUGAUUGUAUCAUCAUUGUGUACAAAUACUACAGGAUGUGUGUUGAUGACUACCUAUAGCUUGUGUUCACCAGAGAGAUGGGUAAAUGUUGCUGUCUCAUCUAGACUGCUGAUAGCUAACUUGAUAGUGGAGAGUAUAUUUUAUCUUGCCAGUUCUCACAAGGGAUGUUUCACUCUGGUGCUGGAGUCAGACUGCCAGUGUAGUGUAGAGGUUGUGAGAAGUAUUGUGUGUUUGUUGCAUUCUGUGAUGAAAAUGUAUAAGAAACUUAAAUCAAGUAUUAGUAGACAUUCAGCUUUAAAGACUUCCAGUCAUACUGAACAAAUAUCAGACUUUGUGACCAGUCUGUUACCACAGGAAGAACAUCAGUUGGAAACCAGUCUGAAGAUUCUGCAGUCUGGGUUACAGUUGCUUCAUCUAAUGUCUCAAUUUGACACUGAAUUUCCAAAUAGGCAUCUACCAGUCCAGCACAAAUAUGUCCCCCUGAUUUGUGGAUUGACUCAUAUAUUCAGACAUGAACAGAAUGGUGAUAAUGAAAGUGAAAUGAAUGCUCUACAAGAUUUAUGGGACUUCAAUCAAGAUGACUCAGAAUUGUCUCAAGAUAGCGAUACAGAUGAACAAGAAUCUAUGGAAAACACUUGAUGAGCAGUUUUGCAUACAAAAGUAGUGGUUCCUGUUAGUGAUUGUCCAUGAAAUAAGGUUCACAGAAUAUGAAAGUUACUGAAUAACUCAACUAUUUAUAGGGCCUCAAGGAAGACAACACAGAGCUGUGCCAGUAUAGUGUUAUGAUAAACAGGAGUCAACCUUGUUCUGUAGUACAAACCACAAAACUUGAAACUCCUGCUUUUGUUGUAAAAUUGUGUUCAGAGACCAGUCUUAGAAAUACCUCAUUGCCACUGGUCAAUUUCAUGAGUCAGAAACAACCAAUGAAAUGCUAGAGUUUUGAGACAGCUUUCUACACUGAGUUUUAUUAUGUCUCCCCCCCCCCCCCCCUGCCCCUCUGGGGGAGACAUAUUGUUUUUGCCCUGUCCGUAUGUCACACUUCAUUUCCGAUCAAUGACUGCAGAACCAUUUGAUCUAGAACCUUCAAACUUCAUAGGGUUGUAGGGCUGCUGGAGUAGACGACCCCUAUUGUUUUUGUGGUCACUCUGUCAAAGUACCACUUGACCCAGAAUGUUGAAACUUCAUAGGAUGAUUGUACAUGCAAAGUAGAUGACCUCUAUUGAUUUUGGGGUCACUCUGUUAAAGGUCAAGGUCACGGGAGCCUGAACAUCGAAAACUGUUUCUGGUCAGUAACUUGAGAACCACUUGACCCAGAAUGUUGAAACUUAAUAAGGUGAUUGGCCAUGCAGAGUAGAUGACCCCUAUUGAUUUUGGGGUCACUCAUUAAAGGUCAAGGUCACAGGGGCCUGAACAUGGAUAACCAUUUCCGAUCAAUAACUUGAGAACCUCUUGAUCCAGAAUGUUGAAACUUCAUAGGAUGAUUGUUCAUGCAGAGUAGAUGACCCCUAUCGAUUUUGGGGUCACUCUGUUAAAGGUCAAGGUCACAGGAGCCUGAACAUGGAAAACAAUUUCCGAUCAAUAACUUGAGAACCACAUGACCCAGAAUGUUGAAACUUCAUAGGAUGAUUGAACAUGCUAUUGAUUUUUGGGUCCGUGUAUUAAAGGUCAAGGUCACAGGGACCUGGUCAUAUAAAAUCAUUUCCGGAAAAUAACUUGAGAACCACUUGACCUAGAAUGUUGAAACUUAAUAGGAUGAUUGGACAUGCAGAGUAGAUGACCCCUAUUUAUUUUGGGGUCACUUGAUCAAAGUGGACCAGGUCACAGGAGCCUGAACAGUGACUUUAGAACCACUAGGCCAAGAGUGUUGAAACUUAGCGGGAUGACUGGACAUGCCAAGUAGAUGAUCCCUAUUGCAGCCAACCAUCAGUGUCUCUUUGACUUUCGCUCCUGACCCCUAUUGACUUCUUGCCUAUAGGACUUUGCAUUUGGGGAGACAUGCGCUUUUUUACAAAAGCAAUUUCUAGUUAUUCUUGAGGCAGGUUACAUUAGUACCGGUAUGCUUUAAUGUAUGCCUUGUUUGGAAAGAAGUACUGAAGAACCCCUCAAAACUGGAUCCCUCUCUAAAUCAGACGUUUUGUCUGGUCCCGAAUAUUCUCAUAUAUUUGACCCUGGAUUACCAGAUACGCCUUAAUUCUGGAUACCGGACGACUUUUGCAAAAAUAAUGCUAUAUAACUAUAUUAUCAUACCCCUGUAAACCUGUCAUGAUAUUUUUGUUGCUUAAAAAUUGGACACAAAAAUAUUGUUAGACUGCAUGUUGCCAAUUUUAGGAGAGAGUGUCAAGUUAGUGAUUGUCUCACUUGGCUGCUUUGAAUGACAUUUACAUUGAAAAUUUGACAGAUGAAAUGUGUGAAAAAAAAACAACUAAAUUUGCUGAAUUAAUGUAAUAACGAUUAGUUAUUAUGUCUCCCAUCACACAGUGGUGUGGGAGACAUAUUGAUUUACUCCUGUCUGUGUCUGUCUGUCUGUCACAAAUCUUGUCCGCACUCUAAGUUGAACAUUUCUCAUCUGAUCUUCACCAAACUUGAACAAAAUAUGUGCGACCAUAAGUUCUCGGCCAGGUUUGAUAACUAGCCAAAUCGGCCCAGGCACUUCGGAAUUAUGGCUCUUGAUAUACUGAAAAUCGGCCUUUUUACUCUUGUCCGCGCUCUAAGUUGAACAUUUCUCAUCCAAUCUUCACCAAACUUGAAAAAAAUGUGUUUGACUAUAAGUCCUCAGCCAAGUUCGAUAACUAACCAAAUCAUCCCAGGCACUUCGGAAUUAUGGCCCUUGAAUUACCGAAAAUUGGCCUUUUUACUCUUGUCCGCGCUCUAAGUCGAACAUUUCUCAUCCGAUCUUCACCAAACUUGAACAAAAUGUGUUUGACUAUAAGUCCUCAGCCAAGUUCGAUAACUAGCCAAAUCGUCCGAGGCACUUCGGAAUUAUGACCCUUGAAUUACCGAAAAUUGGCCUUUUUACUCUUGUCCGCACUCUAAGUUGAACAGUUCUCAUCCGAUCUUCACCAAACUCGAAUGUUUUUGACCAUAUGUCCUCGGCCAAGUUCAUUAAUUAGCCAAAUCGCCUGAGGCACUUCAGAAUCUGCCUUGAAUUAACCAAAAUCAG